GAGGAAGGGAGAGGAGCUAUGCUAAAUCAGGGAUACAGCUGAGGCGGAGAGGGCGAGAGGCAGGGGCUCUGCGGCGGACGGCGCGCAGGGGCCAGGCGCGGCAGGUCGCACGCAGCCCUCCGGCGCAGCAGCCACCCCCGCGGCGGUCGGUCCAAUGAACAUGUCAGUGUUGACUUUGCAAGAAUACGAAUUUGAAAAGCAGUUCAACGAGAAUGAAGCCAUCCAGUGGAUGCAGGAGAACUGGAAGAAAUCAUUCCUAUUUUCAGCUCUGUAUGCUGCCUUUAUAUUUGGUGGUCGGCACCUAAUGAACAAACGAGCAAAAUUUGAACUGAGGAAACCACUAGUGCUCUGGUCCCUGAGCCUUGCCGUCUUCAGUAUAUUCGGUGCUGUUCGAACUGGUGCUUAUAUGCUGUACAUUUUGAUGACCAAAGGCCUGAAGCAGUCAGUGUGUGACCAGAGUUUUUACAAUGGACCUGUCAGCAAAUUUUGGGCAUAUGCAUUUGUGCUAAGCAAAGCACCUGAACUAGGAGAUACAAUAUUCAUUAUUCUUAGGAAACAGAAGCUCAUCUUCUUGCACUGGUACCAUCACAUUACUGUGUUGCUCUAUUCUUGGUAUUCUUACAAGGACAUGGUGGCUGGCGGUGGCUGGUUUAUGACCAUGAACUAUGGAGUACAUGCCGUUAUGUACUCUUACUAUGCCUUGCGGGCUGCUGGCUUCAGAGUCUCACGCAAGUUUGCCAUGUUCAUCACCUUAUCACAGAUCACUCAGAUGUUGAUCGGUUGUGUAGUUAAUUACCUGGUCUUCUCCUGGAUGCAGCAGGGCCAGUGCCAUUCCCAUGUUCAGAACAUCAUCUGGUCCUCUCUCAUGUACCUCAGCUACUUUGUGCUCUUCUGCCAUUUUUUCUUUGAGGCCUAUAUCGGCAAAACCAGAAAAACAAGGAAGGCUGACUAGUGGUAGAAACGAGACGGAAGCCAUAGCUCAGGGUCAUCAAGAAAAACAAAAUUAUAAGAAAAGAAAAUGGCACAAGGAAACACAUAUAUAUGUAUGGUGCAGCUAAAACUUGGCAGCUUAGGGAAAGUUAGCUUGGUUUAACCCAGUAAGUUUAUGAUCCUAUCAUGGUGAGGACUCACUGAAUCUACUCUAUCUCAAAGGACUGCUGAUGAAAGACAUCUUCCUUCUUGUACCUGUCUGCUCUAGAAAGGAAAGCAAAGCAAAGCAGAGAGAAAAAAAAAAGAAAAAAGAAGAAAAGAGAAGAGAGAUAAUGUUGUGGAAGAAAUGUAUAUUAAGUAAGCAUUGUGUUUCCCCAGGAUGGAAGAGUGACUUUUAUUUAAAAAAAAACAAUUUCUAUAUCCUUUCUAAUAAUUUUUCAGCAUUAAACUGGAACAAAACAAAGCAGAGAGGUGACAAAAAAAAAUCUAUGAUAACAGUAGGAUUGCAAAAUUAAAAUCUUUUCCACAAAGGGUUGAUGCCUUUAGCCAAAAUGAAAACAAAAAGGAUGUCUUGAAUGUCUGUAUGGAAAGUGGUUGACUCCAUUGUGGUCGUGAACGGAAAUGCGAACAGAUUGAUUUCUCCACUAUGUACUCUGCCAAGUGGGCAGAUCCAAACUGCAAUCACCUCUUCCAGAAGGUAGUGAGCAACAGUACUUUUACAAGGGUUUAAUGUGAAAAGAUGCACUGUUACAAUACAUAUCUCAGAGAGUUCCAAGUGCAUUUUUCAGUUAAAGGCAAGAAAUUUCUGCAGCAGGAUGUCAUAGAGGGUUAAAUCAAUCAAUAUCUGUUAAAUUACCAGGGGCUAAUAGCAGAGGAAUGUUCAGGAAGGAGAGGGAGAGAACUCCCCUAACACAAUUUUUAAAAUUAUCUGUUAAUCUCAAAUUAACCUGCAAUGACACUGAAUUAAAUGGGGGAAAUCAGAAGAAAACCUAGUUAGAGAGAAGAGAGUGAUAUAGCUGUCUACUGUUUUCAGAACAGAGCCCUGUGGUACAAUACAUAUUUUAUGUUUUUGUGAACUUCAGGACAAGGAAUAUCAGCAUUGGUAGGAACCCGUGGCAGGACUGUGCGACAUUGGAUAACACUGUGCUUCUGCAUUUGCCUCCUGGCAGUGCAAAGAUGUUUAAAGUGCCCUCCUCUGGUCAUGUGGAGAUACUACUACAAAACAUACUUGGAAUAGGUUUUUCUUGAGAUUUGUAUAGAAAAUUAGUCUAAAUGGAGUAAUUUUGCUGCAACAGCUUAACUCUAAUGUCCAGAGAGAACUAUCCUUCAUUAAAUAUAUAUACAUAUAUCUCUGCAGAAUCUGUACUGUAACAUCAGACUUAAGGAGAUACUCUCUUCUCUCAAGUCAGCUACAGAUAUAAAGAGAAAUGUAUUUCACUCUGAACCUUAGAGAGUUAGUUGGUAACAGCCAUAGUCUUUCAAAGACGAGUAGACUGCAUUAUCUGUAAUAUUCCAGUCCUUACAAAGCCAAAUAAAAUGUGUAAAAGUUCCUAGUAUUUCAAAGACGCAAGUAUGUAAACUUGAUGUUAAAUGUGUUAAUGUAGUAUUCUAAAUUGUAUCCGUUAGAUAGUUUAACUAAACAAUUAGAAGAACUAGAUCAACAAAAUAGGGACUGCUGUUCUGCAUAGAAUAUACACACCUAUAACUACACCCAUAUACACAUGUGAACUGUCAACAAGAAAAAAAAAAAGCCCAGUGGCAGAGAAUCACAUUUCCUGGCUAAUGCAAAAGAUUGUCAUUAUCUAUCUUGCUUUAAUAUGAGAUUGUACAGUACAAAGGGGUUUUUUUAGUUAUGAUUUUUAGCUUUAAUUGUGCUGUCAUUCAUGAAACAGAGCUGCUUUAGUAUCCUGUUAAGAGAUGACAAGGGCUUUCGGUGUCUCAUUAUACACAAAAGAAAAACAAAUAAAGUUACAUUCCAUAUUAUGUGAAUGGUCUUAACAGAUCCAAAAGCCUUUGUAGGCUAAAAUCAUAAUUAUAAGAAGCAGAAAAUACGUUUACAUUUGUGUUAUUUAAGUUAUUGAUGUGCUAAUGUUAUUUGAUGGUACACAACAAAUAGCAAAAUGUGAUAUUCAGUAAUGAAGAUAUGCUAUUCAUUAAUAGGACUACUGUAUACAUGGAAAUAUUAGACAAAACCAACUAAAUAUGUAAACUAUUUUGUUAUACAGCUUGGUAGUAGAUAAUUAUAAUGCUCAAUAAGCCUUUUUCCUCCUUCUUAAUUUUGCCCUGGUUAAGAAGCAGACUAAUGAAGAAUGGAAAAGGCAAAAUUAGAGUCGAGUACAGUUAUAGCAGCGGCGUUGGUAGAAGCCCACCAUGGUGCCAUUUAGACUCUCAGUUCUGUGUGUCUUAGGUCUCUGAAAUAAACCAAAAGUGGUUGAAAUUGAUCCACGUGUGGAGCUGAAGCUGGAGCUGAAAUCUUGGACCCCGCGAAGUCAGUGGCGGACUUGCUUACUGUGGUUUCAGUAGAGCCGGUGUGUCCCAGCUCCUCCUGUCUGAGUGGAGGGGAAGGAACUGUAUUACGCAUCUGCUGUAAUCUGAAGCUUAAGGCUAAUGACUUAAAAGCCCAGUAAACUUUACAAAUAAGAAGCAAGACCACAUCUAGAUAAAGACAUGCAGCCUAAGUUUCACAUAGGCAGAAAAUGGGAUGGGCCGCUAACAAGCGUGCAAAUGACCCACCGUGCUUCACACACCAUUUUGCUUAAUUGCACAAGAGGAAAAAAAAAAGUGCAUACUGGACAGAAAUGCUAAGCCAUGCCAACACUGACUUCAGUGGAGCAAGAAUUUCACUCGCUCAUUCUUCUAAAGCCCUCAAGGGUCCAUCUGUACUGUUUUCAGGAGGCGACUCAUCAGCCGCCGUGACCUCAGCGCACUCCCUGUUGUGCCCCUCUCUGCAAGCCGGGGCCGUGCCGGUGGCGCGUGCACCGCCAGUGCGGACACCCGGCGCUGCACAGAGCUGCGCGCCUCGGAGGACCCGUCUCUCAGGCUCCUUCUUUACUGCUCGGGAAGCGGCUCCUGUGCUGAAAACAGCCUGAGUGGCCUCCUCAAAAUGCAGUGCAGAUGCACCCCGGUGGCCAAAAGGAACUCAGUCACUCGCUUCAGUGGGAGUCCUGGGGGAGCGACUAGUCUGUGGUCAAGCAUUCCUGUAAGGAAGGGGCAGCAAGAUCAGACACUUACAGGAUAGUGGUAAAUUAGGGUACGUUUACUGUCACACUGGAAAUCGACCGUCACACUGUCACUUACUUCAUGAGAUGGCAUAUCAUAGAUGUGUUUACACAGGUCCUGUCCUGCUAUACUAUAGGGCUUUUCCUCUGAGGUUUUCCACUGGAUUCAAAUGUGGUAUUUGACAUUAAAGCAAUUGAGGGUAAGACCAAAACCAACAUACACUGGUUUUCUUUCUUUUUCCCCUUAAAAAAAAAGGGAAAAAUGCAUGCACAAUAUUUAGACACCAUAUGUAACACACUCAUGUGUUUUUAAGCACUGAGCCAGUCAAUCCUAACCUAAUGACAACUCUAUAAUACUCCAGUUGUUCUAACCUAUUAGUCACAAGCUUUAAACACAGCUAAUUGGGUCCUAUUUAUUUCCCGUAGUUUGAGCCUAAAGUUCACACUUUCAACUAUUUCUGUUCAUUACCAGAAUCUGUUUUUCCCCUUAUUAUUUUAAAUAAUGCUGUAAUUGUGUUGUAUUCACACACAUUUUUGGGAACUCAAACUUUAUUAAAGUAUCAAACAUUAUGGGACCUUUGACACCAACUACAAACACUGGGAACACUGUUAGGGGGCUCACCAUUAAAGUCAGGAAGGUUAUAUUGAGAAUAAGGUCAGUCUGCCAGUGCUGAAGUCUGUAUUUUGUGUUCUGAGGCAUUAGUCCAGUGUAUUGAAAUGAAAACAGUAAGGUUGGAAUAGAUGUGAACCGAGGCAGCUAAGAGCAGAAUUUGGUUCUUCCUGAAGAAUAUUUCUAUGUAGUGACAGUUCAAGGAAAGUAUUUUCAGCUAGUUAAUGAAAAAUCAAAAAUUUGGUUAUUUUGAAACUUCUUUAAAUUGUGCCUAUGGUGAGGGGAAAAAAAUAAAAAAAACCAACAAGCCGCACUCUUACAAACCUUUUCUAUAUCUAAGUCACAAAUGAUUUCUGUCUGGGCUCACUGAUAACAUGUAAGAGUGACUGGUUCCAAAAACGAUCUCUCACCAGAAUUUCACGGUAAACUAAUAGAAGUGUUUACUUACAAGAUAAGGGGCCUGAGCAUGCAAAUGGAAUCACUCAAAGAAACCAAACAGAGUAGUAGGAAUAAUGUGUUGAAUGCAAGAUACAGGAGAGACGACAAAGGCGAGCUAUUCCUUAUCCCAAGAGAGAGUAUUUUCUGGCCAAGAGCUCAGGUACUAGCUCUACUAAAUUAUCACAUCUAUAUUCCUUUUUAAGAUGAGGGAAGGCAGGUUGUAUAUACCAGUGCCCAGCAUGUGGUGGCUGCUGGAGUAAGGCUGAGUGAAAGAGCCCCUCCUGGGGCAUUUUGCAGGAAGCUAAUUACGCAGUUGCCCCCUAAGUGACAGCAUGGGUCUGUUCAGAUGAAGAUUCACAGUUUAACAGUUUGUGAACUUCAAGGCCUGAGUGUAUGUUGUCUUUCUCUACUAAAAGCAAAAGCUCGGGGGAAUGUUUUACUUGAAAAAAAUGAUGCCUCAGAGAUCGCUGUUCGGGUGGUUUUUAAGUAACAAUGAGCAUAAGACACCCUUUACUGUGGCUGUGGAACAGAAGUCUUUGUAAGCAGGUGCCAGAUACAAACAUACUAGUGCAAUACAAUAUGUCAAGAAUAGCGUUUGCUUUCUGUCCUGUACUUCAGGAUAACAGAAGCAUAAUAUGUUUAUAUACAAAUUAUAGCUAUACUUUAUGGUAAGUAAUAAAAAUGGCUUUGAUAGAGGGAGAAAUAUAAGCAGACUGCAACCCAUACUACAUAAGCUCAGGGCCUGGUCCAAUGCCUACUGAAGGUGAGCUCACUGGUGAGAUGCCCAGUGACUUCAGUACGCUUUGGUCCAGCCGUAACAGCCCAGCUCCAAUGGGUGAUGCAAGACCUGAAUCCCAUUAUGUUUAGUCAAUGGCAAAGACGCCCCACUCAGGGCACCCCUCAGGCCCUGGCAUCAGUCCUUUGCCAUAUUUUCCUGCCUGGCAUCAAUGAACCCUCUAAAAGGCAAAAAUUAUGAUUCAGAGUUGUCCAAGUGUUUCUACUGUUUUGUUUCAAUACGUUUUUCAUUCUGUUUAUUUUAUUAAAAUCAAACUAAAGGACAAGUCCCUGAUCCUGCAAUCAUAAAUGCUCCAUUGCAGUCAAUGCAGCUUAGAAACCUUUUGCUUAGAGAGGCAAGGGCAGGAUCAGUGCCUUGUUACAGACCUUUUUGUCUAGUGGAGCAAAACCACAGAGUAGGAUUUGAUUUCUUAAACCAACUGCCCAAACACAAAUACACUCAGAUCUGCACAAGUACUCUACAGCUCAGGGGACCCAGGGCCUCCCCAAUGCAUCAUAACACUCAAUAAAACGCUGCAUUUCUCCCCAUAGAGGAAGUGGGGUUAGAAUGUCUUUCCCAAUGGAUAUUAAACAAUCUUCUCCUGAAAUAAUGGCCUUCCUGAGAAGUCUCACUUCUGUCUGGUCCUGGACAGCUUCAAACAGGCCUGUCUGCUGAAAAACACAGCUCUGAUUGACUUAUCUGCUUUCUCAAAAGAGCCACUACAUGCUUUAGGCUUUUUGGAGCCAUAAAGCUCAAGAUAGAUUUCUAUUCAGAGAAAAAAGAAAAAAAAAAGAAAAAAACUUAAAUACAUGUACA